AUGUCCAUGGACAUGGCAAUGGCCACCAUGUCCCUUCCACACAGCCAUCAUCAUUUGCAAACAUUACUCUCAUCAUCAACAACACUUUCUCACCUCAAGCAAAUCCAUGCACAAAUUCUCCACUGCAACUCAAACUCAAACACCCUCCUUUCCAAACUCGUCCUUUCUUCUUGCACCCUCUCUUCUUCCUCUUCAACCCUCCACUAUGCUCUCUCCGUUUUCUCCCAAAUCCCAAACCCACCUACCCAUUUCUCUAACCAACUCCUCCGUCAUCUCUCUCGUUCUCCCUUUCCUGACAAGACCCUUUUCUUAUAUCUCAAUCUUAGAACAAUUAAUGCUUUCACUCUCGACACCUUUAGCUUCCCUCCAUUGUUGAAAGCUAUUUCUAAACUUUCCGCUUUCACUUAUGGUUUGGAGAUUCAUGGCCUUGUUUCAAAGCUCGGUUUCCUUUCUGACCCUUUUAUUCAAACUGGCUUAAUUGCAAUGUAUGCCUCGUGUGGCCGCAUCAUGGAUGCACGGUUGCUGUUUGAUCAAAUGUCUCACCCGGAUGCUGUUGCUUGGAAUACUAUCAUUGAUGGGUACUGCCAGAAUGGUCAUUAUGAUGAUGCUUUAAGGCUCUUUGAAGAUAUGAAAAACUCUGGUAUGAAGCCUGAUUCUGUUAUCAUUUGUACUGUGCUCUCUGCCUGUGGUCAUGCUGGAAAUUUAAGAUAUGGCAGAUCAGUCCAUGAGUUUGUUAAGGACAAUGGUCUUGCUAUUAACUCUUACUUACAGUCUGCUCUCAUUAACAUGUAUGCAAAUUGUGGUGCAAUGGAGUUGGCUAGGGAAAUAUAUGAUGGACUCUCGUCGAAACAUUUGAUUGUUUCAACUGCAAUGCUUUCUGGUUAUGCAAAACUUGGAAUGACUAAGGAUGCGCGUUUCAUAUUUGACCAAAUGAUUGAAAAGGACUUUGUAUGUUGGAGUGCAAUGAUAUCUGGUUAUUCUGAAAGUGAUCAGCCUCAAGAGGCUCUUAAAUUGUUCAAUGAAAUGCUACGGCUGAGAAUAGUGCCUGAUCAGAUCACAAUGCUGAGUGUCAUUUCUGCUUGUUCUCAUGUUGGUGCACUUGGUCAAUCAAAAUGGAUUCAUACCUAUGUAGAUAGAAAUGGGUUUGGAAGAGCUCUAUCGGUUAACAAUGCACUAAUUGACAUGUAUGCCAAAUGUGGGAACUUGGUCAAGGCAAGAGAGGUGUUUGAGAAGAUGCUGAGAAAAAAUGUGAUAUCUUGGUCUAGUAUGAUCAAUGCAUUUGCAAUGCAUGGGAGUGCAGAUAGUGCUAUAAACCUUUUCCAUAGGAUGAAAGAUGAAAAUAUUGAGCCCAAUGGUGUUACAUUUAUAGGUGUGCUUUAUGCUUGUGGACAUGCAGGUUUAGUUGAGGAAGGCCAGAAAUUGUUUUCAUCCAUGAUUAAUGAGCAUCACAUCUCUCCUACCCAUGAGCACUAUGGUUGCAUGGUUGACCUGUAUUGUAGAGCCAAUCUCUUGAGAAAAGCUAUUGAGCUUAUUGAGACAAUGCCUUUAGCGCCGAAUGUUAUCAUUUGGGGAUCCCUUAUGUCUGCUUGUCAAAUUCAUGGUGAAGCUGAGUUAGGGGAAUUCGCUGCCAAACGGCUUCUUGAGUUAGAGCCUGGUCACGAUGGAGCUCUUGUGGUUUUGUCAAACAUAUAUGCCAAAGAAAGAAGAUGGAAUGAUGUUGGACUGAUUAGAAAAUCAAUGAGUUAUAAAGGUAUCUCAAAAGAGAAGGCGUGUAGUAGGGUUGAAAUAAACAAUGAGGUUCAUACAUUUAUGAUGGCUGAUAGAUAUCAUAAACAAUCAGAAGAAAUAUAUCAGAAGUUAGAUGAGGUAGUCAGUCAACUGAAAUUGGUCGGCUACAAACCGAGCACCUCAAGCAUUUUGAUUGAUUUAGAAGAGGAAGAUAAAAAAGAAUUGGUUCUAUGGCAUAGUGAAAAGUUAGCAGUUUGCUAUGGGCUAAUUAGUAAGAGGAAAGAAUCAUGCAUUCACAUAGUUAAAAAUCUUAGAAUAUGUGAGGACUGUCACUCUUUUAUGAAGUUAGUCUCAAAGGUGUAUCAAGUAGAGAUCGUUGUGAGAGAUAGGACUAGGUUUCACCAUUGUAGUAGUGGUAUUUGUUCUUGUAAAGACUAUUGGUGA